GGAAAUGCUACCACAACAACCACAAUUGAGAAUAUUAAAGAAUCCGAAUAGGUCGGAGUUUGAGUUCAAAUCUGAGCCCCGGCUUCGAGAACUCAAACCCCUGCAUAUUCGGAUUCAAGAGUAUAAUGAAGCUAGAGGUAGAAUAUUCGGUCGAGUGACGAAUAAAAUUAGAAAAGCUCGAGAACGUUAUAAAGUGAGGAAAAGGCUACGUCAUGAAAUUUCGUCGGCAUCACUUUGCGAGGGUGAAGACUCACGUCUGUAUACGCGGUUAAGUAUAGGAGGCCAGGAGAUAAUAGGUCUACUCGAUAGCGGGGCAACGGUCACGUGUCUCGGAAAGAACUGCAUGCAAUUCGUGGCAAAAGCCGGUCUGGAAGUACAUAAUUUCAGUACUAUUAUUAAAACCGCGGAUGGCACGAGUCAUCCAAUUGUUGGUCGCGUUAGGUCUGAAGUUAGGUUUCGUGAUGCGGUAAAUGUUAUCACAUUCUAUUUAGUGCCUACUGUGAAUCGAGAGCUCUUCUUGGGUCGUCACUAUCCUGUCUCC